CGGCCAACAUGAGCGAGGAGGUGUCAGAGGUCCCCAAAGAGCUGCUGGAGAGCGUGAGGGAUGCGUUGGGGAGGAAGGUGAAGCUGUCGCUGAGGAGGAGAGUCAAACUGGAGAUCAAAGCAGACAAGACGGAGAACAGAGUGUUGGCUCUCGCGACUCACCGAGCCUACCUCCUGACAGCACGCAUCCCCGCCAAGGUGGAACACUCCCUUAAUUACCUGGAGAUCCAGGGGAUUGCUUGUAACAAGCCGACACAGCUGCUGAUAGAGUACGAGCGCGGCUCCUUUUCCCUGAAGCUGCUCUCGACAGAGGAGGUCAAUGAGGUGGUGGCUCACAUAGGAAACUGCCUCGUGAGGAUAUGUCCUGGAUUACCACCCAGCAAAGUGAUGAAGAAGCUUUGUAUGGAGCCUCCAGACCGGCUGACCUCUCUGCAGACUCUGUGGGAGAACAACAAGCCUGCAGAGCCUGGACCCUGUGGUGGAUUUUCUCAGAUGUACAGAUGUGUGUGUGACUGGUUGGGGCUGCCCUACAAGGAGGAGGUGCAGUGGGAUGUGGACACCAUCUAUUUAACACAAGACACCAGAGAACUCAACCUGCAGGACUUCAGCCAUCUGGAGAACAGGGAUCUGGUGGCCAUAAUAGCCGUGCUGGAGUUUAACCAGUGGUUCACCAAACUCUCCACCAAGGACUACAAACUGUCUGCAGAUGUGUGUGAGCAGAUCUUCAGGGUGGUGUCUCGAUCCAGUCGACUGGAAGAGUUGGUUCUGGACAACGCAGGACUCAAAACUGACUUCGCCCAGAAGCUUGCUUCUGCUCUGGCACACAACCCCAGCUCAGGACUCACCACCAUUAAUCUUGCCAACAACCCACUGGAGGACAGAGGUAUCUCCUCCCUCGGAGCUCAGUUUGCCAAACUUCGUACGGGGCUCAAGCAUUUAAACUUCUCCAAAACCUCACUCUCACCCAAAGGGGUGAACAGCCUUUGCCAGUCACUGAGUGCCAACCCGUCCAUCUCCAGCAGCCUGGUCCAUCUGGACCUCUCAGGGAACAUCCUCCGAGGGGACGACAUGCAGCUUUUCUGCCACUUCCUUGCUCAACCCAACAGCCUGGUGACCCUUGACCUCUCCAACACUGACUGCUCAUUGGACCAGGUUUGUUCUGCUCUGCUGCGAGGUUCAGUCCAACACCUCUCUGUUCUCAACGUGUCGAAGAGCGUCUUCCCUCACCGGAAAGGCAAAGAGGUGCCUCCUUCGUUCAAGCACUUCUUCAGCAGCGCCCUGACUCUGAGCUCCAUCAACGUGUCAGGAACCAAGCUGCCACCAGAGGCCCUCAAAGCUUUCCUGCUUGGUCUGGCCAGUAACCCCAGUCUGAAGGACGUGUCUGUAGACCUCAGCUGCUGUGAGCUCGGUCAUUGUCUGCGCUCAGGAGGUUCUCAAAUCCUUGAGAGUUGUAUAGCAGAGAUCCCAAACAUCUCCAGCCUGGAUAUCUCUGACAACGGCCUGGACUCAGAUCUGUCCACUCUGCUGGUGUGGUUGGCCAAGAACCGCUCCAUCCGACACCUCUCUCUGGGCAAGAACUUCAACAACAUCAAGUCAAAAAACCUCGGCCCGGUCCUGGACAGCCUGGUUCACAUGAUUCAAGAGGAGGAGUCGCCCCUCACCUCCCUGUCUCUAGCAGACUCCCGACUAAAGAGCGAUCUGACCAUCGUUCUCAACGCCCUUGGCAGCAACUCCUCACUCACCAGACUGGACAUCAGUGGCAACGCCAUGGGAGACAUGGGAGCCAAGAUGCUGGCCAAGGCACUGCAGAUCAACUCCAAACUCAGGACUGUGAUCUGGGAUAGGAACAACACCAGCCCUCAAGGUCUUCAGGAUGUAGCAGCUGCUCUGGAGAAAAACUUCACCAUUCGUUUCAUGCCCAUCCCAAUCAUCGAUGCCUCUCAGGCUCUGAAGACCAGUCCAGACAAAACAGAGGACGCCUUGCUGAAGAUUGAGAAUUAUAUCUACAGGAACCACGAGACCAGGAAAUACCUACAGGAACAGGCCUAUCGGCUUCAGCAGGGCAUUGUCACCACAACUACACAACAGAUGAUAGACAGGAUUUGCGUGAAGGUGCAGGACCACCUGAACUCUCUGAGGAACUCGGAGACAGACGCCAUCUUGGAGGACGUCAGGUCAGCAGAGAACCUCAUCAAAGACGCCAGAAACUCAAAAACGCUGCUUCCUCACCUCUACCACCUGGGAUCAGCGUCCAGAGACGAGGUGAGCGGCUCCUCAGUGGGACCCAUCCAGGAGAAACUGGAGUCUAUGGCCGGGGAGGUGACAACGGUCAUGGACCAACAGCUCCAGGCUCUGUUGGAGUCCAUGAUGGACACUGCAGAGUCCCUGUGUCCGCACGUGAUGAAGAGUAGUAAUCUUCGUCCAGAGUUGGUUAAGACAAGCUCAGCCAAGAUGGUCGUGCCCAAGAGCUUUGUCACCAAAACCCUCCUGGAGCAGUCGGGAGUGGAUAUUUCCAACAAGCUCAGUGAGGUGAAGCUGAGUCUAGCGUCCUUCCUGUCUGAUCGCAUCGUUGAUGAGAUAUUGGAGGCUCUUUCCACUUCACAACACACUCUGGCCGACCAUUUGGUACGUCGAGGUAGCCCUCUGGUGCAGCAGGGCUCGUUGGAUCUGGACGUCCCCGAGGGGAAGAUGCCUAAGCGGGCAUCGGCUGAAAUAUUAGAGGCAGAGAGGCUGGAUGAUCUGGAGACGUGCAUGACUUUGUGCUGCACCAGUAUGACUCCUAAAACCAAGAGGAAAAGCAUCCACAGCAGAAUGCUUCGACCAGUGUCUCGUGCCUUUGAGAUGGAGUUUGACCUGGACAAGGCUCUGGAGGACGUUCCCAUCCAUGUGGAUGACACUUCAACAUCAUCUCAGACUCCGCCUACUCCGUCUCAGGUCCUGCCCAAACUGGAGCACCGUCUGCCGGGAAAGAUGGUGGAGCUGCCUUCUGAGGAGGAGAAGAAGCUGCAGCACUUCACCAAACUGCGUCCACGCAGAAACAAAAAAAGACAUUCCAGCAAAGUACCUCAAAUAAACAGCGCUCCACCUCAGGAAGGGGAGCAGAACGGCCUCAUGGGACGAGUGGAUGAGGGUGUAGAUGAGUUCUUCUCGAAAAAAGUCACCAAGAUGGAUUCCAAACGUUCCCUAAAGAAUUCGGAGUCUCAAGAUGGAGAGAAAAAGAAGAAAGGAGGAUUCCUCAACCUAAUCAAACGAUCCACCAAAUCUGACAAAGCAGAUAAAUCGGAGAAAACCCAGACGACUCCUUUAUCCUCUGGUACGUCCUCAGCACCGGCCUCCACCAUCCCUGAGGAGCCCUCCUCACCAAAGGUGGCAGUGAAGAGCCCAGCACCUGAGUCAAAGUCAAGAGAUGCCUCCAGUCGCUCGCAGCCCACAGACUACAGCAGCAGCUCAGACCGAUCAGACGAGCUGAGGACGCCUGAUUCCAUGGACGAGCCGUGGGAGGGUUCAGACGGCAGGGGCAGUCCUCAGGGAGGGAGGCGGUACCCGGGGAUGCAGAUUAUGGGCAGCGGCCUCCUGGCAGAGAUGAAGGCCAAGCAGGAGAGGAGAGCACACAAGUCUUCCAGCCCUGAUAGACCUGAGAGUAAUGCAACAGCUACCAAAUCUCCGCCCCCUAACCCAGAGAGCAGCAGGCCUCCCGCUGGUUCCCCUAAACCAGACACUGGCUCUCCAGAAAAGAACCCACUGCGUGGUGAGACCAAGCCUGAAACAGUUCCUCGUCUCAGAGCCACAUCCUCCUCGAGUCCCCCGGGGGCUCCAGUAAGUCCCAAGCCCCCGAUGCCGCAGGGGGCGAAGCCUGCCCUGGCUGCACGACCCAGCAUCCUGCAGAAGCCCAGGACCAAUAGUAGCAGCAGGAGCAUAGAUGAGAGUCCAGAUUCCCCCAGCAGCGGCAGUGUCUCUCCUAAAGGAGCCGUUCUCCCCACACUGAAGAGGGCGAUGUCAGAGAAAGACAAGGAGGGUCAGACCAGUCUGCAGUCAGGGGGCUCCAACAAAACCACUCAGGAAGUGAGGGCAGCGUCAGACUCUGUCCAGCGGUCCAACUCCGAGGAUCACGGCCCCUUGAAGACCAAGGACCAAACUCCAAACCCAGACAAGGACAAAGCAGCAGGCAGGAAGUCAUCCGAUUCUAGGGAGGAGGCAGAUAAAGACUUUAUUUUAAUAUGA